CAUUGCUUGUAAAAUAGAGAACCAUUAUGGAUACUUUUCAGUGCCGCUAAGGCCUAUGCAAACGAAGGCGACGCUGAACUGCACACUGGCCUGCAAAGUGGCUGAACUGUUGUUAACCAAGGGUGAACUCCGCAAAAAUUGGCCAGUUGCAAACCUCUUCCGCCCUAACCAUUCCCCUACAGGAGAGGCGGGGCUCAGACGCACGGCCCGCCGGCGAACACUUGCGACACUUGCGACACUUGGGACACUCACCGUCUGGGUUCUAGCUGUAGUUACCGGAGUCUAUGUCAGUGUAGCCCCGCUCGGCAGUCCAACGUCAAGUCCGCCUUCAAGCGAAAACGCCGUGUGUCAUUCCGCGCGAAGGACUUCGAAGCUUUGGCCUCAGUCCGACCGACGAACGAGGUUUCCCACACAGACAGACAGACAGGCAGACAGGCAGGCAGACACUUCUCCGUUGGUGAGCCAUGGCCGUCGAGGUGCAACGUCUGCCUAGUAGCAGCCUCAGUGGGCAACAGUCGCUGCUGCACCACAACCAGCCAGAGGUCAACAAUGCAGCGGUGGCUCCUACGGCGGCUACUGCCGCCAAACGAGUGCAGCCAGUUCGAGCUGCAAAGUCUCCGCCAAAGGUUUCCACUACUAUCUCCAACGCUACGGCACUUCCACCGGCUCCCGCCUUUCCCGCUGUACAGCGUAGCACUCCUCUGAAACGAAAGCUUGUGCAGUUUGACCUGGUCGACCCUUCGCACUCCCACGACUCCCAAUGGGAAACGGACGAGGACAGGGACCAAGGGAAGCGACGGAAAUUAGAUAGCAGUAGUGAAGUGGAGACCACAGAGGACGAAGGCCUUGCGAGCUCCUCGGAAUCGGAAAGACCCUAUGUGUGUGCUAUCAAAGGGUGUGGACGGGCGUUCAAGAAGUCCAGCAAACUGAGGAGGCACGAGAGGACGCACAGCAACGAGCGACCUUUCAAAUGCCCUGCUAAGGGUUGUGGCAAAUCAUACCUUCGAAGCGAGCAUCUUGUCAGGCAUGCGUUGGUGCACGCAUCAAAUGAAGAGGAUCAGAAACCGCAUCGCUGUGAGGCGGAAGACUGUGGGCAAGGAUUUGCUACGAGAUACCACCUGAAUCGACAUAUGAAGACGCACGGAACACCGAAACCAUAUCAGUGCACCUUCCCUUCCUGUCUCGCCCGCUUCGCCAAACACAACCAACUCCGCCUCCACAGCUGCGUCCACACCGGCAAAAAACCAUACCCCUGCACAUUCUCAACCUGCGACAAAUCGUUCACGACAGCGCAAAAGCUGCGAAAUCACCAAACAACCCACAGCGACACGCCACGGUACCGCUGCGCCCAGCCGCGGUGCGCGACCACGUUUCAUAAAUGGUCGUUAUUACAGCAGCACAUGAAGGAGCAUCAUAAGCCGGACUGUCCCGUGUGCGGAAAGACUUUUACUAGGAAGGAUGUAUUGAGCGAGCAUACGAAGACACACGAUGAUUUGCGGGCGAAGUGGCCCUGUAAUGUGGAUGGAUGCGGAAGGCUUUUCAAGAGCAAAAAAGCACGAACAGUCCAUAACCGCUCAGCGCACGAACAUCUCACACCCUUCACUUGCGAUCACACCGGCUGCAGAGCACAGUUUGCACACAAACAUCUCCUUGUCCGUCAUAAACGCCUUCAUGAAACAAAUACACCCGUCCCCGCAAUCACAUCCACCGCACCCGCUCCCAUCCCCGAACCAAACCCCACCUCUAUCCCUCACCCCACACCCAAUCCAACGUCCACCACCAUCCCCGCUGCUAACCCAACAACGCCUCCACAACCCCGCCGCCGCCGCCGCGACCACAUCCCACCCCCAACCCUCCUCGAAUCUCUCACCGGCCACAACUACGCCGCCGCCUCCACCGGCCGCAAACUGCCCUGCACCAUCCCCAACUGCAAAUUCGUGUUUAGACGCGGGUACGAUCUCAAACGACACUUGCAGGGCGCCCAUGGAGUGGAAGAGAGUGGGGAUGAGGGGGAUGUCGAAGGCGCGGAGUGAAUGGGGGCGUGGGAAUGCGCACUCUUGUAGAGAGGAAGUAAGAGGGUGGGUGGGAAUCGCUGUGUCCAUUUUUUAUGUAUGUAGCGUAGCCC